GAAAGUCCGUGGGCAUCGUGACGACCACGCGGGUGCAGCACGCCACGCCGGCCACCAGCUACGCCCACAGCGCCAGCAGGAAGUGGUACAGCGACGCCGACAUGCCCGAAGCCGCCAAGAAGGACGGCUGCACAGACAUCGCCUCCCAGAUGCUCAAAAACACCGAUAUAGACGUGAUAAUUGGAGGUGGUAGAAAGUACAUGACCCCGAGGGGCACCAAGGACCCAGAAUACCCCGCAGAUUUCUCCUCAAGGGGCAAAAGGAAAGACGGACGUAACCUCAUCGAUGAGUGGCAGAAAAUGAAAAUCGGAAAGGUCGCUCGCUACGUGUGGAAUCAAACAGAUUUCAGUGCUGUUGACCCUGAAACCACUGACUACCUCAUGGGUGAGUUUGUUGUU